AUGUCUACAACCCAAAGAAGUGAGAGCAUGCACGCAUUUUUUGAUGGAUAUGUCAACUCCAAGACAACUUUGAAACAAUUUGUGGAGCAAUAUGAUAAUGCAUUGAGGAACAACGUGGAGAAGGAAUAUCAAGCUGAUUUCGACUCCUUUCACAAGCAAGUUCCAUGUGCAACUUUUUAUGAAAUGGAGAAACAAAUUCAAAGUUUGUACACUACGGCAAAGUUUAAGGAGUUUCAAACUGAGUUGACUGGAAUGAUGUAUUGCGGGAUCAAAUCAGUUGCGAAGAGUGCGAAUGUUUCACAAUAUGUUCUAGAUGAAGAUGUUGUCUUUGGAGAGGAUGGAAUGAAAAAAGUAGCCUUCAAUGUAUACUUCGAUGACUGCAGUUCUGAAGUAAGGUGUACUUGUUUUAGGUUUGAGUUUAGAGGCAUCCUGUGCAGACAUGCAAUCACCGUGUUAAUCCGUAAUGGUCAGUCUCUACUUCCAUCUCAUUAUGUUUUCAGGCGAUGGAGAAAAGAUGUGAGGAGAUGUCAUACUCGGGUAAAAAUCAAUUAUGAGGGGUGGAUCAUCACAAGUGAACAACGACGAUACGAUAAUCUGUGUAACUUAUUCACAAAAGUGGCAGACUUGGCAGCAGAUAAUGAUGAUAAUUAUGGUAGUGUCAUGAAAUGGAUUGAAGAUGCUGUAAAGAAUAUGUCAACAAACCGAGUUAUUGGUUCUAGCUCCACCACCAACAUCUUCUCCAAUGAGCUGAAGUAA